CAAAGAGACGGCGACGACGAUCACUCUGGAAAACAGAGCUCUCCAGGGGUCGCUCAGCCUGCGGCGCCCAGAGCUGUUUUUCCGAGAGCGGGUACGAUUCGCGUGGCUUGGACGCCAUGGGAGCUCGAAGCCCCCGCAGCUGCGGGGGAAGUCGGAAGAGCUCGUGUUUCUAGUACGUGCUGGUGUUGGUAGUGAUUCACGGCGUGUGAGUUCGUCCGUGUGUUCUUCUGCUGGUUGGGAGUGCUAGCGCAUAGCCACGGCGGCAACCACAGCCGUCUAGGUGCCGACGUCGGUGUCGGUUGUGUUCAUCGUUCGGAGUGCAGUGCGGCUCUCUCGAGCCGGAUCAGCUGUUGGCGGAGGAAGGAUCUCCUUUUUGCGGAGGGAGCCCUAUGAGGGUUGCCUGCUGAAUUCUGAGCUCGCGUAUCAUCAUACGGAUGAACGAUUGACAGUCUGUCCACCAGUGAUCAACCAUUAUGAAGGAAAAACCGAACUCGACCAGAACAUACGACGAGGAGGGUUUCCGCCGCCGCGCGGCAUGUCUCUGCGUUCGAACUGCGGAUGAAACAGAGAUUCUUCUGGUUUCUUCCUCGUCGUCGCCAGACCGAUUCAUCGUACCCGGUGGAGGUCUAGAGCCCGAGGAGGACGCACCAGCUGCUGCCAUCCGUGAGGUGAUGGAGGAGGCGGGCGUUAAGGGCACAUUAGGAAGAUGUCUCGGCGUCUUUGAGAAUCUGGAACGGCGCCACCGGACGCAGGUGUUCGUGCUACAGGUCGAGGAUCUCCUUGAAGAAUGGGACGAUUCGAAGAGCAUCGGGCGCAAGCGUAAAUGGUUCACCGUUCCUAACGCUCUUGAGGAACUCACCGUGUCCAAACCAGUCCAGUGCAACUACGUGGAACUAUUGCGGAAGAAGGACAAUAAGAGUGGAGACGGAGAUUCGGGGAGCGGAGGAAACGUCGCAGUCAAGUAGAGUCAGACUCGUGUCCGAAAUCAACAUAUUUCGGAUCUUGCGCAUCUUCUAUUAUGUCAUUGUCGGCGAACGUCGCUUCUUCAGCGAGAUCGACAAAGUCUGUUGCCGGAUGGAUAGUCACCGGGGAAACGUUGCGAGGGUUCCGGGAAGUCUUUGUCGGAUUCGAAUUCGAUGGAACCGAGGAUCGCCUACGCUCUCGGUCCUCAGUCCCUCGUCUCUUGUUGACUCCGAAUCGCUCCCAUGAGUGUACGAGCAAUGAAUGGUAAUUGUCAUUCGGUAGUCACAGACGAGGGAAGAUUUUCUAGGAGCUCGGAAGACUUCCGUCGGCUCA